ACAACCGAGCCCAACCCACACACUCGCUCCUUCCUUCUCCAGCCCUUCCACACACAAACCCGCAGCAGAGAGAGACGAGAGAGAGAGGUCGUAGGCAGCCGUUGCUUGCUGGCCUAGCUAGCCGCUGCGUGCUUGGCUCUGGUGGGCAUCUAGAUGCUCUCGUUUCCUUUCGCGGCGUCUGCUCAGCUACGCCGGAAUCCCUCCGUCUCCGGGCCUUCCCUCCCUCCUCUCAUGGCCUAGAUUCGUGCCAGUGCUGCUCGUAGCAAUCAAUCCAGAGCCGUUUCUUUCUUCUUUCCUCGCGCCUAGUACGUAGCGUAGCCUGCUCUGCUGCUGCUGCCUGCUCGCUUUGAAUACGCGCCCGCCCUCCUCAAAACGCUCAAACCUUGUCCCUUUCCCGCAAACCCCUGCCGCCUUUUGGUCGCUCUAGCUCUAGCGCACAGGCAGGCAGGCAGGCAGGCACAGUACUAUACUCCCCGGGCGCCGCGCCGGGCUCUUUCACCUCGUCUCGGUCUCAGGUGGGCGGGCGGGCGGGCGUCCAGCACCUGCACUGUGCCCUCCUCUCGCCUCUCUCUUCCGCCAUAUAUUCCGCCCCCGCCUGUCACCGCGCACGAGGAGAGGAGAGCCGCGCUUGUGAGUCGUGAGUCGUGACUUGUCGGAGCCAGCUCCUCUGUCUCCAUCGCUGUCUUGAUUUGUCGCCUGAGCUGGGAGCAGCGCCGGCGAGGGAGCGAGCUUGCUAGGGACGGUUGACUCUCACUCACUCAUGGCGUGGAGCGGGUUCAGGGAGGCGGCGGCGGGGGAGAGCGGCCUGGAGCUCAGCCUCGGCCUCCCCGCCUACUUCACCAAGCCGGCAGCACCACCUGCAGGUCUGGACGGGCAGGAGUCGAGCGGCGCCGGCGCCGGUGAUUUUGCUCGCCAUCCUGAUGGAGGAAGCAACGGCUCCAAGGCCAAGCCGGCAGCAGCAGCAGCUCCGGUCGUGGGGUGGCCGCCGGUGCGCUCGUUCCGGCGGAACCUGGCCGCCUCCAAGCCGUCGUCGUCCAAGGAGGACGGCAGGGCAAGCAAAGACAAGGGCGCCGACGAGCCUGCGGGCCGGAAGGGCCUGUUCGUGAAGGUCAACAUGGACGGCGUCCCCAUCGGGCGGAAGGUGGAGCUCAAGGAGGACGGCAGCUACGCUGACCUCUCCGCCACCGUCGACAAGCUCUUCCGCAGCCUCCUCGCCGCUCAAAGGGACGCCGCCGCUGCCCCCGACGCGAUCGCCGGCGGCGAGUACACGCUGGUGUACGAGGACGACGAGGGCGACAGGAUGCUGGUCGGAGACGUCCCAUGGCAGAUGUUCAUCGUCACAGCGAAGAGGCUGCGAGGGCUCAAGAGCUCCGACCUGCCAGCCUCGUCGCUGACGGCGGCCGGGAGCAGGAAGAGGCCGGCGGCCGCGGCCGACUGCUGAUCGGACAAGCCCGGCGUUGUAAAAGGCCUUUUUUUGACGAGGGUUAAUCCUGUUUUGCUACUACGUACGUACGCACGUAUGAGGAUGAAAUCACGGCUAUAAUUAGAGCCGUGUCUGUGAUGCUGCUGCUAUUUUGGGGGCCAUCGUGGCCGUAUUUUGGUGCUUUUUUUCUACUUCUAACUAGAUGCGUUCGUCGGAUGCUCUAAUCUAAUACUAGUACUAGUAUGUUCUUAGUGGUAUAAUUGCACAAAUACUUCGUGUGAACUUGAUCUUUGCCGGUUGUUUGUUUGUGGUGCUGCUCGAACAGUGUUGGUUCAGGUCCAACUUCUUCUGAUCGAUGUAUAGGACCAAAAAAAGGACACACAUGUAGAAUUUAGAUUUUUAGAAAGAUGAUUACCGCUGA